CGCCGGGGGGCUGAUGAAUAGCACGGACCGAAGUACUCUGGCGGAAGUUCCGGGUUUCUAAAGCCAACCCAGCGGGAUGAUCGAUCCAAUAUGCUGCUGUCACGGCUGACCUCCCAGGUAGCAAGAGCCUCGCGGUUUACAGGUCAGCUUCUGUCAAGGUCAGCUGCUUCGCCACUGAGCCCCCCUGGUGCUUCCUCCGCGUCUUACAGCACACAUCCUUCUAACAAAAAUGGAGCUCAGCCCCAGCAACAGUACGCCGUGGACCUGGAACUGGAAGAGAUGCUGGUGCCCCGCAAGAUGUCCAUCUCCCCCCUGGAGAGCUGGCUGACGGUCCGGUAUUCCCUCCCUAAAGGAGGAGUUGUCGUCAGCAUCCGAGAGAGGCUGGAGUAUGAACCCCCGCAACAGUACGACCUGCCUCCGUGUCCCCGGGACCCGGAGGAGGAGGGAGACGAGCCAGCCGGGAACGCUAUGGAGUGCAAGAACGUGCUGAAGAUCCGGCGGAGGAAGAUGAACCGGCACAAGUACAAGAAGCUGAUGAAGCGCCGGAAGUUUUUGCGGCGGAAGAUCAUGGCCGGCCGGCGGAAGAGGAAGCAG